AUGCACGAAGCCAAUUUGCCCAUUCUGCGGUGCGCACAGUGCAAUAAACCAUUCGAUAGGCAGUCCACACUAAAAAGACAUGGAUAUUACUGCCGGUCUCGAAAAGCUGGUGCUCGUGCCAUUCGCUCCAGGUCUUGCAUCGCUUGUGCCAAAGCAAAAGCUCGUUGUGAUCAUCGGCGACCGGAAUGUUCGAGGUGUAUAGCCAAGGGUGUCGACUGUCAAUAUCCGGCGGUGAUUCCUGAUUCUAAAGAUGCAAAAUCGAGAGCCCCACAGGAUGAUGGUCCGUUAAGGGAGACAAUUCCUGUGUUCAACCAAUUUUUAGAGACAAGUCCAAUAAAUGAUGGAGACCUCGUACUUGACCUUGACAACACGCUUACCACGACGGAUACGGAAAUCGGGAAUCUCGAAGCUCUAGACCUGCUAAACUCAGACAUGGAUUUUGCGGACUUUUUAAUGGGCUCACAGAUAAUCAAUGACAAAGUCAUUCCAGUAACUUCAACGAUGGAAUCAUCGUCUUCAGAUUUACAGCGCUCGACUCAUUCAGACAAUCAAUUGUCAUUAUCAAUCCCGUUAUCGCUUCCAAUCUGGAGCUCUCGCUCACUUAUCCACCGACCAAAGUUCAAAGCCGGAACACAAAGAAUUGCCAAUCUCAUGUUCCAUACUCUGAAAUCCUAUCCCCAGAUGAUGCUCCGUCCCGAUUCUCUACCACCGUUUAUUCAUCCGGCGUCGAUGUUGGAAGGCUUCUCCGAUAAUGAUCACAUGGAACCACUGAAUAAUUGCAUCAGUUUGGUGCAUAUGGUCAAUAGCCGUGUUCGGGGGAGUCGAAAGUUGUUUUGGAUGAAUGUGCGUAUGGAGUGCGAGCGGAUAUGCGAAGAGUAUUUGAGGAUGAAUAAAUGGGAGAUACUUGCUGCCAUGCAAGCACUUGCGAUCUAUACUAUCAUGAGAUUGGAUGAAGGGGAGACUGAGUAUAAUAACUUUGAUUCUCUCAUAGUUAAGACCGUGAUUGUCAUAGCUACACAACAUAUUCGAAAUGAUCACACAGAGACUGCGCUAAGGAACUCCGAUCGUGAAAGUAAAUGGCAAAAAUGGAUAUUUGCCGAAUCCAGUCGAAGGUUGUGCAUAAUCUACCGAGUCAUCAACAUGCUCAUCUACUUUGAACCCGCAGGAAUGUGCGAGACACACGAAACAGGCCUUGUUCUCGCACCACUACCAGCCAAAAAGCAACUAUGGGAAGCAAGCGAUGAGAUAGCAUGGAAGAUGGAAUCGGACAGGGAUAGUAAACACGGUUCUCUUAUCGAUACCACUGAAACAUUCUCAGCUUCUACCGUGUUUGGAUUGGCUGCGAAUGGCGAAUUGGUCAGAUUGGAUUUAGAACAGGGUCAAUAUUAUUGUCAUAAUGAUGGGGUUUUACUGAGUAAGGCGCAGUCGUUCUUUAACAACGCAAGCUCAUCGGGGUCAAAAACUACGGCAAAUUGGGAGGAUUGGUGUGCGGGGAUGGACGGGCUUGGAGGACUGGUCAUGCUUGCUGCUUCUUUACUAGAAUGA